CUGUGCCGGUCCCCCCCUCCCCCACCAUGGGACAUGCCACCCCGGGCAGCUGGGGUGGGGACAGCAGCCCUGUCUGGUGAGGAGGGCAUCUGGGAGGGUCCUGGCCUGCAAGGGGACGUGGUCCUGGGACCCAGCCUCUGGUUUCCUUCCAGGGACCCUCCCCAGACCCAGCCUCCGGGCUGAGCCAGGCUCUGUGAUCGCCCUGGGCAGUCCUGGGGCCCUGUGGUGUUGGGGACCCUGGAGGCCCAGGAGUGCUGUCUGCAUAGAGAGGGAAUCCCAGAGCCCUGGGACAGAGCAAUUCCCCUGGAGCCCGGAAACAAGGUCAAGUUCUCCACCCUCUCAUGGCUGAGGUGUACUUGGGCGCUACCGCUGUGUCUGCCUCAGCGCUGCUGGCUGCUCAAGCCCAGAGCCACCCUGGAGCUGGGGUGAGAGUGAGGAAGCCACACCUGAGCAGGAGCUGGGUAGGUCACGGGGACGCUGAGAGUAGGCGUAGAUGGGAAUCGGGUGCGGGGCCUGGGCUCCUGGGCCAGACACCCAGAGUGAGGGCGGUGGGACUGCAGGGCAGGAGGGAGAAGGGUGUGGGCGGAGCCAGGGUGCAGCCCUGCCCCUCUUCCCUCCUGACCCAGCAGUGCCCUGGUUGAUCCCUGCAGAGGCCCUGACAGGGUCACACAGGGACUCGGGGUCUGCCCAGCGCCCUGGCCAGCUGCUCCAGGCCGGGCUCCCACAGCGGGGGAGCAAUGCAGCACUGGACAGGACCUGCCCAGGACGGGCCUCACCCACACCCCUGAGGCUCAGUGGACCUCUAGACCAGAUCAGAGACUGCUCGGGUGCAGCGGCACAGGCCAUGGCGCAGUGUGGGCCACGGACCUGCUGCUGUAGGGAGAAGCUCGCCAGUCUGUGGGUGCUGCGUGGCCCGGCCCCUGUGGGGCUCCCCUGGUGACCCAGCAGCACAGGGCAGCCCGACAGGGUGACGUGGAGGCGGCUCAUCAGAGGGCCACGCUGAGUUGCAUUGCGAGACAUGGGGACCUGGAAGUAUGCCAGGAAGUGGGCGGAGCUCACCUGGGGUUGCAGGAAUCCUGCUCAGGGGCAGGGACCCUGGUGGGCCGCUGGCUGUGCUCUUCUCCAGGCUCCCACGCACAUUCUGGGAAGGGGCUCCGGCCUCCCGCAGCCCUGCCCACCGCCCUGCAGGCUCCCGUGCGGUUCUGUGCUGUUCCUCUCCAGGGACCACACACAGCUCAGUGGCCUUGAGUGUCCACAGGAGCCCACCUAGAGGGCGGUGACUCCAGGAUUCACUCCCCUUGACCUUUACCAAUUGUGCCAGGACAUGGGCGGGACUACAGUCACUCAAGAUGGAUUCAAAAUUGCACUCACCAGAGGAGGCGAUGACACGUGGGCUCAGAUGUGGGAGGUCACAGUUAAUGGAUCCGGGCUGGCGCUGUGGCGUUAUGCAUAAAGCUGCCACCUGAUUGCCGGCAUCCCCUGUGGGUACUAGUUCGAGUCCUGGCUGCUCCACUUCUGAUCCAGCUCUCUGCUAUGGUCUGGGAAAGCAGCAGAAGAUGGCCCAAGUGCUUAGGCCCCUGCAUCCAUCUGGGGGACUCAGAAGAAGCACCUGGCUCCUGGCUGGGGAUCAGCCGAGCUCCGGAUGUGAGGGCCCAUUGGGACUGAACCAGCAGAUGGAUUCCUCUCUCUCUCCUUCUCUCUGUAACUGUGACUUUCAAAUAAAUAUUUUAAAAAACUUGUGGCUCAUCAAACUCUAAGGUAAAAUCCCACAUGAGCGUGGGACUCCGCCCUCUGAGAGGACCACACAGAAGUGAAAGACUGAAAGUGUGUGCAGGGUUUCUUCAGGCACAGAAAGUUCAAGGUCAUCUGGAUUUCUCAGUGCUCGCCUAACAUCAACCCCACAACACGGUUGGCUCUGGCGGACGGCAGCACCCGGUGUUCUGGAAGAGUGUGGACACCUGCCCGGCUUCCUCUGAUGGCUGAUUACUCUGCAAGUCUGCAUUUCACACACAGUUCAGUGAGGCGGGGUUAAGGGUGUGUCUGGAUGCUUCUCCCAAGUUUCCAGUUAAGGGGCUAGGGACUCCACCCCACCACAGCAUAGUUUAGGGAGUAAAGCCUGUGGGGAGCAACCCGGACUAGACUGAGUUACUGGAAUUAAGACUUAUUCUAUGCAUCUGCUCUCCCACAAUAUGGCACUGGGAGAGAAGUAAACAGCUUCCGCACAGCUGCCUCCAGUUCAACUAAUAAACUGUAGGACUUGCUCCUGAUUGGAGAGCAGCGUACUCGGCGUGUGGGCAGCCGAGUUGGGAUUGGCGGAGGAGGACUAUAAAGGAGGAGAGAGACGGCAUGCACCAGGAACAUCUAUGGGGAACAUCUAAGGGAACCCGUGCAGCCCCCGAGAAAGCCGGCCGGCGGUGUGCCACUCCCCUGCGGAAGUGGGGAAUGUGGCCAGGGGGAACUGCCCUUCCACGGAGGUGGAAGGGAUAGUAGCCAACCCGGGAAGAACCAGCAGCAAACCCAGGGAAGGCCGAGCAGACGAAAGAACAGCGCAGGGUCCUGUGUCGUUCCUCCACGAAGAGGGGGAGCGACAUAAUGGUGCCGUGACUCGGAUAGGAAACCUAGCUUGGAUAGGAAACUUAGGACGGAUAUGAAACUUAGGAGGGAAGAAACGGGAAGAACUAGGGAAAAUAUCGGAGAGAGAAACUAGCAAACAGCCUAGGGAAAAUAUCGGAGAGACUAGCAAACAGCCUAGGGAAAAGCCGGACGAAAAAGGAGCCGGAAGAAGCUAUUGAAAGCCUAGGCAUAGACUCGGAUACGGACUACGGGGGGAAGCUGGGAGAAAUCUCUAAGGUCGAAAGCGAAAGUGAAAGCUAGAACAAACAGACUCGGAUGUGGACUGUGGGGAGAGGCCAGGAGAAAUGAGGGAGGAAUAUUGUUGGAAGAAAACUUAGGGAAACAUACCGGGUAGAGAAAAGUGUUAGGGAAAUUGAAGCCGCGGGGGGCAGGCCGAGGCUGAAACGAAAGCCACUUUGGGAUUCUCAAGUUAGCCCGGGAAUGGGGGGCGAAAAGUUGAAACCAGAAGCUGAAACGUAAGCCAGAUUGGGAUCCGUCUGAUUAGCCCGGGGAGCAAAGGACGGGAAGCCAAACCGUGGGGCGGAGACGUAUGCUGGGUUGAAUUCGCCAGGCUAGCCCGGGGAACUUAGAUUGAAUGCUAGUGGCGGACAUGUAAGCUACGCUGUGUUACUCGCGGAAGCCGCCGCGUGCAGAGAGAGCACGGGGCGUGAAUAGAUAGGGAACGGGGCUGGCGCGAGGCCGUGGUGCAGACGCGAAGGGCGUGGAGACCGCGGAGCGCGCGAAGCCAAGCCGCGCAAAGCCGGGAAGCUGCGCAGAUGAGAGAGACGCGGGCUGAAGCGGCUCAGCCGGAAAGCCGCUGAGAAAUAGCCUCGGGGCGGAGCCUGCCGGCAGGGCGAGGCACCGGGAGGCCACAGGGAUAAGAGAAACAGAAGUUUAGAAGUAAAGUGAGAGAAAUAGGAAUGCUGGAAGAUAGAAGUAAAAUGGGAGAAAUAGGAAUGCCCGGAGAUAGAGAAAUAGAGAAAUAGAAAGGCCUCCCCUCAACAUGGCAAUGAGAGAGCUUGGAUUCGGUCUGCCUGAUUAAGUGAGGCGAUGAGCACCUGCGGGCAGCUAGCAGCUUAUGCGCCGCAGGUCACCGAAGACAGGCACGAAUUAACAUCAGUAAGGCCUCCCCCACAAUACGGCAAUGAGAAGGCUCGGAUUCGGUUUGCCUGAUAGGACUUGUAAGAACCUGUGGCAACUCUAGCAAGUAGAGCAGAGUGUGUGCCGCGGGACACCGAAGACAGGCGCGUAUCAACGCCAAAAAUAAAAAGAAAGGGGGAUCUGUGGGAGCAACCCGGACUAGACUGAGUUACUGGAAUUAAGACUUAUUCUAUGCAUCUGCUCUCCCACAAUAUGGCGCUGGGAGAGAAGUAAACAGCUUCCGCACAGCUGCCUCCAGUUCAACUAAUAAACUGUAGGACUUGCUCCUGAUUGGAGAGCAGCGUACUCGGCGUGUGGGCAGCCGAGUUGGGAUUGGCGGAGGAGGACUAUAAAGGAGGAGAGAGACGGCAUGCACCAGGAACAUCUAUGGGGAACAUCUAAGGGAACCCGUGCAGCCCCCGAGAAAGCCGGCCGGCGGUGUGCCGCUCCCCUGCGGAAGUGGGGAAUGUGGCUAGGGGGAACUGCCCUUCCACGGAGGUGGAAGGGAUAGUAGCCAACCCGGGAAGAACCAGCAGCAAACCCGGGGAAGGCCGAGCAGACGAAAGAACAGCGCAGGGUCCUGUGUCGUUCCUCCAUGAAGAGGGGGAGCGACAAAGCCAACACCUGCAGCACUGGCAUCAUUAUGGCCUCCAGUUUGAAUCUCGGCUGCUCCACUUCUGAUCCAGCUCCCUGCUAAUGUGCCUGGGAAAGCAGUAGAAUAUGACCCAAAUGCUUGGGCCCUGCACCCACGUGGGAGACCCAGAAGAAGCUCCCGGCUUCUGGCUUCAGCCUGAGAGUGAGCCAGCAGGUGGGAAAUCUGUCGCUGUCUCUCCUCUCUAUGUCUCUGCCUCUCAAAUAAAUCAGUCUCUGAAAAGUUUUUUUAAACAUUCCUAGAAGGAAAUACCUCGGUAAAUAUGACCUCAGACUUCAUCACAGCAUCUUAGCUGUUGGCAAAAGUAUGAGGAACAAACAAGAAAGUGGCUGAAUUGAUCAUCCCCAAAACUUCAGAACUCUGUGCACCAUGGACAGCUAUCAAGGGAGCAGAAAGACAACGAACACAUGGUGUAAAGAUCUGGAAGCCACAACAGGAAAAGCAAGGGUGCAGCUCACUCAGCACAAGGGCAGGGAACUGAAAAUAAUGCCAAAGAGAGGCGCCCCCCACACCCAACACUCUGGUCACUUCUGGAAGACAAAGCAGGCAGAGUGUGGUCAGGGUGUGGGGAAAUCGCAGCCCUGAGACGCGGCUGGAAUGUGCAGGGUUCAGCCACUGCGGCAAGAGGCUCCUAGUUCCUCAAAGCACCUGACCCAGCGUAGGCACAGCACGGAGCAGCCCACCUCCUGCAUGGAGUCAGGUGCUCCCAUCAACCCACAUGCUGGCAAGGUUCAGGGUCAGGGGCAGUGCUCGCCAGUGUGCUGAGUGCAGGCUCCGUGGAGUGUUCUUACCGCCGAGGGCCAGGGGGAGGCUCUGACAACCAUCCAGGGACUGUGCACACAGGCAUCCAUCCAAGCACGGCCAGCCAGGGACAGGAGCCAGAUGUGCACCGGGGAUGGGGGCUCAGGGAGGUGGGUCCCUGGUUCUGUGGGAACUCUGCAGAGCCCCAGGAAGCUGUGAAGUGAGGAUGCGUGCGGCAGGAGGUGCAGCCACUCACAAAGGGCCCCGCAUAGCAUCGUUCCCAGAAACACCCAGGGCUGGGAGCCCACAGAGCCCUGGGGCUGGCGGGGCUGGAGGCUGCAGGGUGCCAGCUUCCUCCUGAGGCAAAGCUGUGUGGGUCGUUCCAUUUCUGCAGCUUUACUGUGAACGCCACUGAGUGCACGCUUUGCCAGCUCCUGUUUCUGGGAGGGGGACUUCCUCCAACCAGACGCAGGGCUAAGGAAAGGACAGAUGCCUGUCAGUGCCUUUGCACCCGAGGCUGUGACGAGCCACCGUGCGUUCUCUCGUGGGGCCCCCACCCAGUGCAGGCAGCUGAGAGCCUGCCCUCUGCCCUCCACCCCCAAACACAGCUGAAGAUGGGGUCUUCCAUUCUGUCUGGGACCAGGACCGCUUCUGAUUCACCUCUGGGGACAGCGGGCGCUCCUAGGGACUUCUGAGGAGGGGUCCCUACCAGAACGGUGCAGUCCCCACGUCUGAAUCUGGAAGGGACACUGCAGGACCCUGAGACCGGAGAGCUGCAGCCACAGCCACCCAGAGACCGGAGGUCUCGGGCAUUCCUCCACCACAGAGACGCUGGGGGUGACAUCACCUGUUCAGGUCGCUCAGGAAGCGUCACCCCCAUGUCAUCCAGGAGCAGGGAGCCCAGGUGCUCAGAUCAGGUGGGGGGCUCAGGACACAGGUGCUGGGGACCCUGAGCCUCACACAGAGUGUGGAUCUGCACACGGGCGCAGUCCCCUGCUCCCAGUCCCCUUCCAUCAGAAUAUCCCAGCACAGGGUGUGAGGCAUGGGACCCCGGAGGGCCUGGGGCUAUGGCACCCCCAUGCUCUCAGUUUCCGAGGGAGCUCGGGUUCUCUGCCCCACAAGGUGCCCUCCCCUCCUCAAGCCCCUCACUGGGACCCAGGCCAGGCGGCAUAAGGCAGGACCCCACCCCUGGCCUAGGUCCCCUUUUGUGGGCACUCCUGCACCUGCCACAGGCACAGCUGGGCUGCAGCUCAGCCACACCUCGGCAGCGUCUGCCUUCUUCAUCUGCUCCUGUUGCUGUCACCCACCUCACGGGAUGCAGCCCCCACACCUGCACUCAGCAGUCAGGAAGGGGAAGUGCCUGCCUCGGCCACCCGGCCUGUGCAGGGAGAACCAGAACCCUAACCAGGCAGCUCCUGGGCACGGCCCACGAGGGGCACCCCCCGGGUGGGGCUGGAGCGGGGGAGGGAGGCAGGGCAGGCACAGCACAGGGGGCAGCGGAGGCGGGGGCCUGGCCCUAGCUGUCCCCAGAGCCCGCUGUGUCCUGGGCCCCGUCCUGAGGGACAGCGGAGGAGGUCGGGGAGGGGCUGCUCCCUUCCUGUGAGGCCGCAGAUGAGGAACCCGUGACGUCUCCCCGCUCAUCUCCAGCCGGACUCUGGGCCUGUGGCCCUCACAGCUGCUCUGCUCCACAGGGACCAUGGGUGGCGGGGCCCUGACUCCAGCCCUCACUGCCCUCCUCUGCCUGGGGCUGUGCUGGGCGCCAGGGGAUGGGGCACAGGCGGGGACCCUCCCCAAGCCCUCCAUCUGGGCCGACCGAGGCCCCCUGGUCGCCGUGGGGAGCCCUGUGACCCUCUGGUGCCAGGGGUCUCUGCAGGCUGAGGUGUAUCGUGUGUAUAAAGAGGGCAGCCCUCUGCCCUGGGAAGUGCGGGCCCAGCAGGACUCCAGACACAAGGCUGACUUCCCCAUCACCAUGUCCAUGAGCUCCUACCACACAGGGCAGUACUGGUGUGUGUAUCGGACCCCGCUCGGCCUCUCCCAGCCCAGUGACCCCCUGACCCUGGUGCUGACAGAAAUGUUCCCGGCACCCUUCCUGUCAGCCCAGCCAAGCCUCGUGGUGGCAUCAGGAGGGAACGUGUCCCUCUCCUGUCGCUCAGAGUAUGAUGACGCCCCCACUGCCCAUCUGCUGAAGGAGGGCGGAGCCGGCCCCCUGCACAGCCUGGAAGCCAGGUUCUCCCAUGUGGCUGGGGUGUGGCAGGCCACCUUCCUCCUGGGCCCUGUGGACGGCACCCAGGGGGGCAUCUACAGGUGCUACUGCGCUCACAGCAGCCAGCCCCAUGUGUGGUCACUGCCCAGUGAGCCCCUGGAGCUCCAGGUCACAGGAAUGUACAGGAAACCCUCCCUGCAGGCCCAGCCGGGGCCCUCGGUGGCCUUGGGAGCAAUGGUGGCCCUGCGCUGUGGCUCUGAGGAGGCGAUGGACACCUUUCUCCUGCACAAAGUGGGCUCAGGCGCCCCUCCCCAGCGCCUGCAUGUCCCGGGCUCGGCCAUGGCUGCUCAGGCCACCUUCAUGCUGGGUUCUGUGACCUCGGCCCACGGGGGCACCUACAGGUGCUACAGCGCCCACAGCACCGACCCCUACCUGUGGUCAUGGCCCAGGGACCCCCUGCAGCUCGAGGUGUCAGCUCCCUGCUAAUGCACCUGGGAAAGCAGCAGAAGGUGGUCCAAGUCCCUGGUCCCCUGCAGCCACACGGGAGAUGGGGAAGACGAUCCUGCUCAUGGCAUAGCCCUGGCUCAGGCCUUUGUGGCCAUUUGGUGCGUGAACCAGCAGAUGAAAGACUUUCUCUCUCUCUCUCUCUCUCUCUCUCUCUCUCUCGGUCUCUAUC